AUGCGUACUCGCCUUGACAAGCACGAGAUCAAACGACGACGAAAGGAGGCCAAUGUUUCGGCCAUCGAUAAAUUACUUCAAUUCGGCAACUAUAUGGCUGCUGACGAUGAUCUACGACAACAGGUGCUUUCUCACAAGAAACCAAAACGUGGCCAGAAACGAAAGAUGCCGGGUGGAGGAGGAAAAUUUCCGAAUAACAAAAAGAAGAAAUUUACACCCCGGCGAAAA